GAAGAGAUAACCUUAGACCUCUAAUUUUGGCUCUCCCCUCGCUAUUGUCAUCGGAAAGGUUUUUUUCCCAAAAAGCAGGUCCGGCUGGCAGUGCCGUGGGCUUUCGGCUUUGUUCGCGUCAUCGCAUUCGCAUGCGCGCCGCCUUCACGUACGUUCUUCAUAUACGCACAGACAGUGCUCCGCUCAUUCAGUGGUUCGUGUAAGAAGACAGAGCAAUAGCAGAUAGCAACCGAGCAUGAUGCAUAGGAGCGCGUUUCUUCGCCAUUUGAUCCGAUCUUCCAGCUUUGCUUCUCCAUCCAAGAUUGGAGCUUCCUUCGUAUGUAAGACUGCGUCUUCCCUCCAAGAAGCCUGCCAACCCUCUGCUUACAGUGACGACGAGGGUGCGGAUAUUGAUUGGAACAAUCUUGGAUUUGGUUUCAAGCCAACGGACUUCAUGUAUUCCACGAAAUGCUUCACAGAUGGGACUUUUGAGCAAGGCCAACUUAGCCGAUAUGGCAACAUUGAAUUGGACCCUUCUGCCGGAGUUUUAAACUACGGACAGGGACUGUUUGAAGGUACAAAAGCAUUUAGGAGGGAAGAUGGGCGCAUUUUCCUCUUCCGGCCAGAUCAGAACGCGACCCGAAUGCAGACUGGUGCUAUGAGAAUGUGCAUGCCCUCCCCUUCUAUUGACCAAUUUAUUGAUGCUGUGAAGCAAACUGCACUUGCCAACAGGCGUUGGAUUCCCCCUCCAGGGAAAGGGACUCUCUAUAUCAGGCCUUUGCUCAUGGGAAGUGGGCCAAUAUUAGGUCUGGCCCCUGCGCCCGAGUACACAUUCCUUGUGUAUGCUUCCCCUGUUGGCAACUAUUUCAAGGAAGGCUUGUCACCCUUGAACCUAUAUGUUGAGGACGAAUUCCAUCGCGCCUGUCGUGGUGGAGCUGGAGGCGUCAAGUCCAUUACCAAUUAUGCUCCAGUUCUGAAAGCAUUAACAAGAGCAAAGAGCGGAGGAUUUUCUGAUGUCUUAUACCUUGACCCAGAGCACAAGAAAAAUGUUCAGGAGGCCACUUCUUGUAACAUUUUUGUGGUGAAGGACAAUCUCGUAUCAACUCCAAGAACCAGUGGGACUGUCCUUCCUGGGGUCACAAGGAAAACCGUUAUUGAAAUUGCACGGGAUCAUGGGUACCAGGUUGAGGAAAGAAUUCUUCCAGUAGAGGAACUGCUUGAGGCCGACGAAGUUUUCUGCACAGGAACUGCAGUUGGCAUUGCUCCUGUCGGAAGCAUCACGUAUCAGGGUAAAAGGUUUGAAUACAGAACACUGGGCCUCACAAGUCAGGAUCUCUUUUCAACUCUAGCUGGGAUUCAAUCGGGUCUAAUAGAGGACAAGAAGGGAUGGCUAGUUGAGAUCGAAUAGAAUUAUUGCCACUUAAAGAUCUAGUGGAGAAGCAAUUAAAACUAGCUCACGAACUUGAACUCACUGAGUUCACUAGCAUUAUUAUCUAUCACGAGAUUACUACUCCGGCUAAGGAAACCAAAAAAAAAAAAAACAAAGAAAUAAAAUAAA